ACCACAAAGUUUAGGGAUCCAGCUACCGGCCUCUAAAAAUCGGCGAUGGUGGCCCGUCGGUCGGUCACUCGAGAGAGGAGAAACUCGAUAGAUGGAGUGGAUGGUUCCAUUGCGGCUUCUCGUUCCAUUUCUUGGUCAUCUUCUUUUAAUCUCUCAUCUUGCUCCGUCGAUCUCUGCCGAUCCUUCUUCUCAUGGGUGCUACUGGACUGAAUCAUGUCAAAACAAAUGGCUUGGAGGAUGUGGUGCAGGUUAUGCCAUAGCUGAUCAAUCGGACAACUGCAAUGGUCUUUGUGAAGAGUCCAGUUACCCACCAUGCCUUCCUUUCCAUACCCAUUUCCAUUGUUGCAAACCAGAAAGUCCAAGGGUAACAAAUAGGUGUGCGAGAUGCCAGAUCAAGUUGGACUUUGGCGAUGAGUACAUAUGUUGCACUGAUUGCUCAGAUCCUUACCUAAUUGACAAGAGUAGCAAAUUGGGUUAUUGUAAGAGUGGUGCAGAGUUGACCAAGCAGUUAAAACCACAAGAAAUUUUCAAGUGGGUUGCUGGACCAUGGAUGAAAUGCUCUUCUCCUUGUGAUGGUGGAGUUCGUUAUCGAGAUGUGGGUUGUUUUGGAAGCAAUGAUUAUGAUGCAUCCAUCAAACACUAUCCAGUAGAUGAUAGCAGAUGUUCUGCAGAAGAAAUGGACACUGAAUUCCAUAAGGUUUCCAUAAGGGUGUAUAAUUCAUGGUUCCUCUUUUUUAGCCUGCUAGACAGGAACCUUGCAAUCUGCAUAGCUGUGCAGACUUCGGCAUCAGUGAUUCAAAUAAUGGCGAGCAAAGGGGGAUGUCCAGAUGGUUGGUUGUAUUAUUUGUUCUUCUUGGACUUCUUUCCAUUGGAGGGCUUGGCUUUGCAGCCUACACUUGUUACAAGCGGAGAACCUCAACCCCAAGCGGCUUUGUAUAUAUCAUGCUUGAAGGAUAUUCUUGAAAGUUUGUUUCAUUUCUGCUCAAGAGGAGUAGGCAUUGUUUGUUCUUUGUUGUGUCAUAUUUGGAGGAUGCAUGUGUAAGUGGUGACAAGCUGGAGUAUGUGCAUGUUUGUGAAAAGUUUGAUUCUCAUAUCCUAGCUCUUACGUCUUAUCAAGCUGUACGAUGGCUCCAUUCUUCUUCUUCUUCUUCUUCUUCUUUUUUCACUUUUUUAUUUCAAAGAACUUGGAAAGGGUAUACCAUAAAGAGAAGACGGCUUGUUAAGUCCGUCUCUUCAUUUAGGCGGUUGACUCGAAGGGCAUAUUUACUGCUACCAGCAGUCUAGCCCGACUGAUGCUCCAGCCAACAGGGUAUGUGCUGAUCUUUUUUAUCUUUUGCUAAUACUGUUUUAACAAUCACCCUAAUCCUCGUUUGAGAAAUCGAAUCUUGUAGUGCUUUCAUCUAUAGCAGGCUCUUGUUUAAGUUGUAAUUGUUCAUCUAUCUGGAGAAAGUCUCAUCCUUUCAAUAACUGGAGCAUGUCAUGUUAUGAUCAUGACUGGAAUUGUCUGGUGCUCAAGAAUACAACAAUCUGCUCUCAGUCAAUGAGAAAGAGUUGCUGUGGCUAUUGUAGUUCACUGCUGCCUUUGCAUGGCGGCCAAGCUGACCGGCUGAUCUCUAAAAUCGAGCAUUUAUAUCAUAUCCAUUCAUGGCCUGUUUGGAUGGACUAUAUUAUCCGGCUGGAGCUGUGGUAAAGAGUUGAGACAAAACUGAUCUGCUAGAGUAUGUUUUGAGAUUCAUCAACGGCCGUUGAAUCUACCGUCUCUAAAACUUUCAACCGUCUCUAAAACUUUACAGGCGGGGUUCACUUUCCAUCGGCUAUGAUGAUGAUGUGGAAGAAAGAACGACAGCCGUUCCAACCCACGUGGACAGAACGAGUAAGCACAUCAGAUGCAGCGGCUCCGGCGGGAAUUUAGGCGAUGGACCAGCCGCCGUCCGUGACUGAUGUAUGUUCUUGUGUGCGGCUGUAAUACAAAUGGAAAAGUCUACAGAAUUUCACGUGGAGCCUGGACCUUUUAUUUGUCAUCUUUGAUCGUGACAAUGACAGAGUGAUGCACAGCGCACAUGAGAAUCCUAUGGAUGGAGUCAAACCAUACACCCUGCACCACCUAUCUUCUUAAACAUUGCACCAAGCACUGUAUAUAAUAUAGAAAAAUAUAUAAAAUUUAUU